UGCCACUCCGUCCUCUUGGGCAACGCCAUGUUAAUUGCGAAGCAACCUUUUCUCCGUCAGCCACAAUACACGUCAAAUACUAAACCAGCAUACAAUGUGUCCAGACCAGUCCCUCUCCUUUACAAUAUCUCCUGAAGGCGGCGGUCCGGUCCACCUCCAUGCACCAUACCCUCUCGGAUGCACGGUUGCUCUCCUCAGUUAGUAGUCGUAAGGCUCGAUUACUGGUGACAGAACCCCUCCCAAGACAACUUCGGACUAGGUAGCAGUUACACUGGAAUGAUUUUCUCACCUCCGUUUCUUCGUGCAUACCACUUUGCAGCAAAUAUUCCCACUUCACAAGCGCGCUUCAUGACCAACGUCGCGACUGCGCCUUCGACGAGCGGCCUAUCGUGAACCUGCCUCUAGUGUUUCUGUACCUCGAUCGACGACAUGAACCCGCAAACGUGAAACCAUACCGGCCACCGCGAUCCGGGAUAAACAACGGUCACACGACUUGAUAUAAAAAUAAAAUAUAGGAAAGCUAUCCUGCCAAGAUGAUUACCCUCGGCAGCCUGGUGGGCAAGACGAACAUCAAAAUCAUCAGCAUCAUCACCACCGUGGUGUUUAUGAGCACCGUCAUCACGGAUUUCUUUGGCCGGACGGGACUGCCCAGCACAAGCAAGUUUGACGGUCAACCGAAUUCGAGUCGUGGCCGCUCCAGCAUCGGGAAGCUGUCCAUGCUGUAUGGCGAACCCAAUUCACUUUACGAGCGAGCAUUGUCGGCGCAUUUGCCGCACAACAAGAACUUUGGAUACAGCAUGUACGUGCUCAGAGAAAAGACGCUUCCGGGUUAUUGGUCCAAACCCGCAUAUAUCCUGGAUCAAUUGCUCGCCGAGCUGGCGUUGCCACAGGAAGAACGUUUGAAAUGGCUGGUAUGGUUUGAUGGCGAUACGGUCCUGAUGAACCCCAAAAUUCCACUCGAGAUAUUCCUCCCUCCGGACGAUGAAUGGGGCCAUGUGCACGCUUUGGUCACGAAUGAUCACAGAGGACUAAACAACGGAGUGUUUUUCUUGAGGGUGCACGAAUGGUCGGUAUGGCUCAUGACGGCGUGUUUGGGGACGGAAAUAUUUGACCCGGAAAUCGAACUGGAGUUCGGCGACCAGUCUGCCAUGGGAAUGUGGUUGAAAAAGGAGCGGUUUCGUAACAACACAAUUCAUGUUCCGCAGAGAUGGUUCAACGCAUAUGCGGGCUACCGAGGGGAGAAAACCGAUCUGUUCGCCGACCCGAUGGCGCCUCAAACCAAGUUUAGACACAACUCGAUCAAGGAGGGAGAUCUUCUCGUGCACCAUGCUGGUCACAAGUCCUUGCGGGCGCAGCGUAUGGCCCCAUGGAUGGACGUUGCGGAACAACAUCUUCCACAGUGGGAAUUGGACCUCGAUGAGACGACCUACGAACAAGAGAUUCGCGAUUUUUGGAAAAAUGAGGCCCCUAAGGAGAGAAAACUGGUUGAUGACUUGAUCAAAAAAGAGGACCAGAAGGCGCGAGAAAAGGCUAAGCAAAAGGAGGCCGAUGCACGAAAGAAGGAGGAAGAGGCCAAAAAGAAGCAAGAAGAUGCCAAAAAGGCUGACGAGCUCAAGAAAAAGGCAGAGGCAUCCAAGGCGGACGAUGAGGCCAAGCGGAAGGAGGAAGAGACCAAAAAGGCGGACGAGGCGAAGCAAAAGGAUCCUUCGACCUGACGAGAACUUGAAGGUCGGGGAUAAUGAGUAAUGACCAUUAUUAAAGCAUUUGUACAGGAAUAUGUAUUAGCAGCGGACCGCGAACGUUUCAGACCUAGCAUAUUACCUUUCAGGUCUAUAUUAUCUGCAAUAGGUAUUGUGGUUCUUGAUAUUUAUGUGCAACCAAAGGUGAAAUACAUCAGUCUGACAAAAUCG